AUGAUUUUGCUCAAUCACACUGUGCGACGACCUUCUCCGUCACUUCUGAAGACAUUACCUACAGUCACAAAAAUGCCGUUAGAUCAAAAAGAAAAUUUGACUUACCUGUUUACUCGGUCACCCGGUGAUCACUUUUUACCUUUAUAUAUCACACUUUCUGCUUUUCUUCUUCCUGGAAAAAAAAGGGAUGAAGUUUCGAAAAUGGCUGAAAAUUUAGCUUUACAAGAAGCGCCUUCGGCCGGUUCGAAAACCAGCGAGCAUUUAAUCCGGUUGGUUUCUCAUGAACCGGUUAAUGUCAAUUGCGGUGAGAUAGCUGAUUUUACGGUUUUAAAGUUUAAGAAGGUUAUUUCUAUGAUGGACGGGACCGGUCAUGCCCGGUUCCGCCAUGGUCCGGUUCAGAUUCCGGUUCCGGCACAAGCUGGGAAACUUCCUAUCACCGGAAAACGUUGCAGUGAGCAUUCCGGCAAGUGUCGCUGCAAAAAGAGAAAAUUCCGUCCUAAGAAAGUGAUGAGAAUCCCGGCGAUAAGUUCAAGGAUUGCCGAUAUACCGGCAGAUGAGUUUUCAUGGAAGAAGUAUGGGCAGAAGCCGAUCAAGGGUUCAGUAUAUCCAAGGGGUUAUUAUAAGUGUAGUAGCUUACGUGGAUGUCCAGCAAGGAAACAUGUAGAGAGGGCAAUGGAUGAUCCAACGAUGCUGAUUGUGACUUAUGAAGGGGAACAUUGUCAUACACAAGUUGCGAUGCAGGAGAAUAAUUCUCAAAUGGUAGACAAGAAGAAGGAAUGAAAUGAAAGGUAGAUGUAGGGAGGGAAAAGUUGUAGGGUGUUUUUGUAGUUUGGAUGUAGUAGAGGGGUGAAAAUGAUAUUUGGGGAAAGUUAGUGGUUAAAAAGAAUAGAGAGUAGAAAGUUAUGGGAUUGGUUUGUUAUGUAAAUUUGGAAAGAUUUUAGGGGUUGAAAGAGAAAAAUAGAGAAGAAGAGCAAAUUAACCACGAUAAUGUGCGAUAUCAUCGUAAAUAAAAAGAUUACAAGUUGGUUCCACAGAGUUCAAUAUAUAUAUAUUUUAUUUUAUUUUUUGUUCA